CAAGUGUCAACAUUCACCCACGACCGCUCACGAGCCACACCGUCAUUUGUUACGCCGUCACGUUCUUCCACGAACCUCACCUCACCUCAACCCUCUCCCCACAUCUAGCCUGACACCUCUCGGCCAUUUGGACACGGCAAGGCAGCAGCCUAUUGUUGGACUAAUACUAUUGUUGGCAAUCUUCUGCCUGCCAUCUCACUCCGCCACCUUCUGUUGCUAUUGUCACGACAAUCAAUAAGGACCGCUGUCUACACGCCCUGCUUCCUAGCAUCCAUCUUCGACAGCAACACCACCGUUGCUCAGAUCAUCCACCAUGGCAAUGGCUACCCUUCCCACCCCGGCGCAGAAUGCGGCCGCACUGGACCAUUUCAUCUACCUCCCUGUCUCCCCGGACAUGGUGUCCUACCUCGCACGCAAAGCCUCGCAAGUCAUCCGCUGCGAGGGCCAGCCUCACAUGGACAAGAGUCUGCCACCCACUCCCCCCAGCACCCCUCCCCAGCACACUGCAUCGCUGUACUCGGAGCCGCAACUGCCCUCUUUGGAGGAGUUCAUCAGCACCCUUGUCGAUCGAUCGCACGUCCAAGUCCCGACAUUGAUGACCUCGCUCGUCUACCUCGCGCGUCUACAGCAACGUCUGCCCCCAGUCGCCAAGGGCAUGAAGUGCACCUCGCAUCGCAUCUUCCUCGCCGCCCUGAUCCUCGCCGCCAAGAACCUCAACGACUCCUCGCCCAAGAACAAGCACUGGGCUCGCUACACCGCCGUCACCGGCUACCCCCACUUUGGCUUCAGCCUGACCGAAGUCAACCUGAUGGAGAAGCAGCUCCUCGGCCUCCUCGAUUGGGAUCUGAGGAUCACUGAGGAUGACCUCUACUACCAUCUCGAACCCUUCCUCGCUCCCAUCCGCCAAUGGCAGACACGACAAGCCGAGAAGCAGAGGGAGCAAAGAAUACGGGAAGAGAUGGCGAGACUCCAUCCACCUCGCCGGAGAGCAUCAACUCCUCCUACAACGACCCGAUGAUUGAGGAGAUUCCCGUGGCGAUACAACACUACGACAGCCAUCAUCCGUCCAUCGUCGACAUCCAAGCAACGGCUCUGCCGAAGCAACCGCUUCCCGCCGUCCUGCCGAACGCUGCUCC